UUCUUUAGUUGUCAAGAAUGGCGUCUCCUCAAACAAAUCUAUUCACGAGAUUUCACUACAAACAAAAUCUUUCCUUACCUCAAAUGUCACUAUAAAAGGUUAAAUUCGGUUGGAUCAGAUUAUAAAAGUUUCGGGUCAGCUGGACCGAUUUCCGGUUCUUUCAUCGCUGGGUGGCAUACAUUAUAAAUUUCUAAGUUCCAUUUAUAGAUGGCGGGAUAUUAAACUCUCUGGGUCACUCAAGAGAUAGAGAUGGCAAGAGUAGAAGAUGUGGUUAUAGUCGGAGCAGGAAUAGCAGGCUUGGCGACUGCAGUUGCACUGAACAGAGUUGGUAUUCGACCUUUGCUUUUAGAAAGAUCCGAUAGCCUCCGCGCCACCGGGGCUGCCUUAAGCCUGUUUCCUAAUGCUUGGCUUGCUCUCGAUGCUCUCGGUGUUUCGCAUAAACUUACUCCUCUAUAUUCUCCAGUAUUAAGGGGUUACAUAACCAAUGUUUCUACCGGAGUUGUGCAAGAAAACUCUUUUUCUACAGAUAAUAGCGGCAAAGUAUUAGGACCGAGAGCGGUGCAUCGGAGAGCUCUACUAGAUGCGCUGGCCAACGAAUUGGCGGCGGAUUCAAUUCUGUUUUCUUGCAAGAUCUCUAGUAUUGAAACGGCGGAACAAGGCGGUACUUCGAUUCCUGUUCUGCAUUUGGAAGAUGGAAGUAUUAUUAAAACUAAGGUUUUGAUAGGGUGUGAUGGGGUGAACUCUGUUGUGGCAAAAUGGCUUGGACUGUCGGCACCGUUUGAUUCAGGAAGAUCAGCUGUCCGAGGGUUGUCUUUUUUUCCACAAGGUCAUGGAUUUAAUCAACAAGAAGUGAGGCAAUUUGUGGAUGUUGGCAAAAGGGCUGGGUUCAUCCCUCUAAAUGACAAAGAGAUUUACUGGUUUUUAACUUCCACUCAAACAAAGGACAUGCCAAAGAACCCAAAAGAAAUACAACAGCAACUCAUUGAGAAGUACGCACAAAACUUCCCCUCAACAUACUUAGACGUGGUCCGAAAUGCCGAUCUUUCGACAUUAACAUGGGCGCCGUUACUGCUAAGAAACCCGUUGAAUGUAAUAAUGGGCAACUUAAACAAAGGAAAUGUGACCGUAGCCGGCGACGCAAUGCACCCGAUGACACCCGAUCUCGGACAAGGCGGCUGCUCGGCACUGGAGGAUGCGGUUGUUUUAGGCAGACACAUCGGCACUUCUUUUAUGCGAAAUGGAAGAGUUAUUAUUGAGAAGGAAAUGAGUCGGGUCAUCGAUGGAUAUGUUGGAGAAAGAAGGUGGAGAUGUGCAGGGUUGAUUACCGGGUCGUAUUUUUCGGGUUGGAUUCAAAUAAGUGGGUCUAAUUGGUGGAUGAAAUUCUUGAGGGAUUAUAUAUUUUAUGGUUUGCUUUUUCGUAAGGUGUUUGGUGCUGCUGAUUAUGAUUGUGGGACGUUGCCUAAUGUGUCUGUUUCUAGUGAUUUGCAGCAAUUUUUCUCUCAUAAAAUAGACUAAAUUUUCUCAAGUUCAAUUGUUUUUAUGAGGAAUAUAUAUGAUGAUUGUCUGUUUAA